AUGAGAUUAGCACCGAGAGCGAUUACAUACACUCGUAAUGGUCAACCAGCGGAUGUACUUAAAGUAAAAACUCUCAACGCAUUACCAAAUUUACAGUCAAAUGAUGUGAAAGUAAAAUUUCUAUUAUCACCUUUAAACCCAGCCGAUAUAAACGUUAUUCAGGGUGUGUAUCCCGCUAAAGCGAGAACUAUAACUAUCGAUAAUGAAGAAUAUCGUUUAGGUGGAAAUGAAGCAUUGGCGCAGGUUACUGAAAUAGGAGAAAGUGUAAAAGAUCUCUCUAUCAAUGAUUGGGUUGUAAUGGGUGCUUCACAGAGCGGUACUUGGAGAUCAUCCGCUGUUUUACCUUCAAAAGAUCUCAUAAAAGUUGAAAGUAACGCUUUAUCAAAGGUACAUGGAGCGACGUUAUCAAUAAAUCCACCAACUGCUUUACGAAUGCUCGAAGAUUUCGUUAAUUUGAAAAGUGGUGAUUACAUUAUACAAAAUGGUUCAAACUCAGCUGUUGGUACUGCAGUUAUACAAAUAGCAAAGGCUAUGAAUAUCCAUACUAUCAAUUUGAUAAGGGAACGUGAGACUACUGAAAAAACCAAUCAAUUAGUAACUGAAUUGAAAAAUUUGGGUGCUACACAUGUUCUCACGAAUGAGGAAAUCUCACAGAAUUCUAAACAAGCUCGCGAAUCAAUCAAAAGUUGGACACAAGGUAAAGAGUUGAAACUCGCGCUCAACUGCGUUGGUGGGAAGGAAACGACUGAGAUUGUAAAAACACUAAGUGAAGGCGCAUAUCUUGUUACAUAUGGCGCUAUGUCUAAGCAACCAUUGACUAUUCCACCUGGUUUACACAUAUUUAAGAAUUUACAAAGUGUUGGAUUUUGGAUGUCACGCUGGUACAAAGACCACACGAUGGAUGAAAAGAAAACGUUGAUCAGUGAGAUUGUUAAACUCAUCGAGAAUGGAAAUGUAGGUAUUUAA